AUGGCUGAAGAACAAAACGAAUCCGCUGCUUGGCCCGUCGCCGACAGCACUCUCUCCCAAGAGAUCCUCGAUCUCGUUCAACAAGCUCAACAUUACCGUCAAUUGAAAAAGGGAGCCAACGAGACCACCAAGACCCUCAACCGUGGUAUUAGCGAAAUUGUCAUCCUCGCCGCCGAUACUGCCCCACUGGCCAUUCUCCUCCACCUUCCUCUUCUCUGCGAAGAUAAGAACACCCCUUACGUCUACGUACCAUCCAAGACUGCUUUGGGACGUGCAUGCGGUGUUAGCAGAGCUGUCAUCGCAGCAAGCAUCACCACCAACGAGGCAUCCGACUUGAUGGGCCAAAUCAGAAGCUUGAAGGAUAAGGUCGAGAGACUCCAAAUCUAAGCCCUGAAUUGGAUAGUACAUUGACUGGCGCUACACCUUAACUGCGUGAUGGCGACAGGCAUUGGCUUAGGAAGGAAAGAAUCUAUGAGUUGAGGAUAGGCAAGAAAUUAAGCUUGUAUACAUAAUUACAGGUUACAAAUACAAAUCCAUGACUGGGAAACAGACUCGAACAUGUGAUGACUUUGACAUUAUUGGUUCUUUUU